AUGGAGCUUCGUGUGAAAUCUUUCGGGUUGUUUCUUCUAGUAGUGAUAGGAAGUCUUCAACAAGUUGCGGCACAGUGUCCCACCAACCCGUACCGAACAUUCGAUGGAACGUGCAAUAACGUUCAGAACCCUUCCUGGGGUGCCGCUAAUACACUGUUUGCACGGUUGAUUCCUGCCAAGUAUAGCGAUGGACGAUCGCAACCUGCUCUAGCCAAGGAUGGUAGUGAGUUGCCCAACCCUCGAAAACUUUCGGUUGAAGUUUUCGAUGAGGGCAUACAAAACAGUCCGGAGUUCUCGCUGGUUAACAUGCAGUUUGGACAGAUCGUGGCUCACGAUAUGGCCCUAACGCGUGGAGUUCGCGAUCAGUUACCGUGUUGUGCUAACGGUCGCCUACAACCUAAUCGCAGUCCAAGAUGCUUUGCCAUUCCCGUAUCUCCCGACGAUCCCGUGUUUUCUGCACGUGGAAUCGAUUGUUUGGGUAUGAUCCGUACGCUGACCACGUGUGAUGAGAAUCCUGCGACCUGCACACGAGCUGAACAGAUCAACGCCGUAACGUCGUUUUUGGACCUAUCCAUCGUGUACGGAAACUCUGCCCAGGAAGCUCAAACGCUCCGAGAGCCCAACACUGGCUUUUUGAAGGUGGAAGCACGUGAUGGACAGGAUUGGCCACCAAGACACCCGAACGCAAGUACUACAUGUACUCUUAGAACUCCCAAUGAUGCUUGCUAUCUUACUGGCGAUGGACGAGCUAAUCAGAGUCCCCAUCUGGCAAUACUUCAAACUGCCUUCGUACGUGAGCACAAUCGUAUCGCCUUGGAUAUUCAACGUUUCAAUCGAAAUCUAUCGAACGAGGAAGUGUUUCAACGGGCCCGUCAUCUCAAUAUCGCUCAGUACCAGCACAUCGUUUACAACGAGUGGUUGCCAAACUUUCUUGGUCGAAGCUACAUGUUGGAACAGCAACUGAUUUACCCAGCGUCAACUGCAACGAACGAUUAUAGUGCCACCAUCAAUCCCUCGGUUAUCAACUCCCAUACGACCGCUGCCUUCCGAUUCUUCCACUCCUCCAUACAAGGUGCUCUGAAACUUUACGAGGAAAGUCGCAUAUCUAUGUCCAAGAUCGAUAUUAACGAUCACACCAACAAUCCUACGAUUUUGGAGCAAGCUGUUGAUCGAUAUGCUGAUCUACUUCGUGGUUUGACUACUCAACCGAUGGGACUUCAUGAUACUAGUCUCGAUCCGGCGACCAAGCAUUUCCUCUUCCGCUUCAACAACAUGUUCGGAACGGACCUUAAAUCGCUCGACAUCCAGCGUGCUCGCGAUCAUGGCCUGCCCGGGUACAAUGAUUUUGUGUUUUACUGCUUCCGACAGCGUGCUGCAUCUUGGGACGAUUAUAACAAAUUUUUACUACCAGAGGCAAUUGAGCUACUGAGCACGUACUACAAAUCGGUCGAUGAUCUCGAUCUGUCCGUGGGAUUGGCGUUCGAGAAGAAGAUCGACGGCACCCAGACUGGCAAAGUGAUGCGCUGUAUUAUGAGCGAGCAAUUCCUGCGCACUAGAAAGGGCGAUCGCUUUUUCUACGAAAACGGCAACCAUUUCACACCUAGGCAGCUGACAGAAAUUCGGAGGGCAAAUAUGGCACGCAUUCUGUGCGACAGUUCCCGCUAUAACGGUUUCCCAGCGGUCGUACAGAUACAGCCUCUCGCCUUCCAGUUGCCUUCUAGCAAGAAUCCAUUGCGAUCCUGCUUGACACAUCCUACUCCUAGUAUAAGUCAAUUUAUAUAGACGAUGUACGAUCCCGAAAUAGUAAUGUACUUAUUACAUAACCUAGAAAAAGAGUGAUAGUCAAGUGUGGCAAUGGUUAAGAAAGAGCCUAUGAUAGUUGUCAAUAAACCCAAAUUAAUCCACAUAAA